GAUCCGUGUGUUUCUCCAGCAGUCCAGUCGGGCUAGCUAGGGCGACCUGGGGAGCUUGGAGUGACUGGAGGCGCCGUGCGGCAAACGACCGUGAACGGUUCGUACGCGUACAAGACAAGCCGUCGGAGCGGCCCCGAUGCGGGUUGCGCGUGCUCGUCUCAGGGCAAAUGAUGACUUCGAUGCUGCCCAGUUUUAACCCGCCUAUCGUCAAGCGGCUGCUGGGUUGGAAGAAGGCCGAGAGCGAGGACAAAUGGAGCGAGAAGGCCGUUAAGAGCCUGGUGAAGAAGCUCAAGAAGUCCGCGGGCCUCGAGGAGCUCGAGAAGGCCAUCACGACGCAGAGCUGCAACACUAAGUGCAUCACUAUACCAAGGCCUAGCCCGGGCGGUGUGGGCGACAACGGCGUUCAAGGUGUUCGCGGCAAGGGUCUGCCGCACGUGAUUUACUGCCGACUUUGGCGUUGGCCGGACCUACAGUCGCACCACGAGUUGAGGGCGAUCGAGCACUGCGAGUACGCCUUCACCCAGAAGCGCGACGAGGUCUGCGUAAAUCCUUACCAUUAUCAACGAAUACAAACGCCAGUUUUGCCAGCCAUUCUCGUGCCGCGACACAACCUAGCCAACGACGAGAACACCGUCCUCUACAACACCUCCCUCGAGGAACUCAGCGUCAGCGUGCCGGAGAACACGAGCUUCCACGCAACGUUGAAUCACCAGCACAAUCAACAGCAGGGCAUACCGCAGUCCCCGCAGCAACAACAGCAGCAACAACCAAAUAAUCCGUACCAAGGAAUGCAGAGCAUGCAGGCAACGAGUCCGGCGAGCGUCGGGAGCCUGGGAAGCGUGCAAGGCUCGCCUCAUCCCGCUCCAGGAUCUAUGGAUCCGCCAGCAGAUACGCCGCCACCGGGCUACAUCAGCGAGGAUGGCGACAAUAUGGACCACAACGAUAACAUGUCCCUGUCACGCUUGUCACCCAGUCCUGUAGACGCGCAGCCAGUUAUGUAUUGCGAGCCCGCGUUUUGGUGUUCAAUUAGUUAUUACGAAUUAAACACGAGAGUAGGCGAGACGUUUCACGCGUCCCAGCCGAGUAUAACCGUGGAUGGCUUUACCGAUCCAAGCAACUCGGAACGCUUUUGCCUCGGAUUACUGUCCAAUGUGAAUCGCAACUCGGUGGUCGAGCAGACCAGGAGACACAUUGGUAAAGGUGUUAGAUUGUACUACAUUGGUGGUGAAGUGUUCGCCGAAUGUCUGUCUGAUUCGAGUAUCUUCGUACAAAGUCCGAAUUGCAAUCAACGUUAUGGCUGGCAUCCGGCUACCGUUUGCAAAAUACCGCCAGGAUGCAAUCUGAAGAUCUUCAACAACCAGGAAUUCGCGGCGUUGCUAUCGCAGUCGGUGUCACAGGGUUUCGAAGCAGUGUACCAGCUGACGCGUAUGUGCACGAUCCGAAUGAGUUUCGUGAAGGGCUGGGGCGCGGAAUAUCGCCGGCAGACAGUCACCUCAACUCCCUGCUGGAUCGAGCUGCAUUUAAACGGACCGUUGCAGUGGCUCGACAGAGUACUCACGCAGAUGGGCUCGCCUCGCCUACCCUGUUCCUCGAUGUCCUAA